CAUGACAGGUGUGUGUGGCACAGUGCAUGCAAAUCGUAAACAUAUGCCCAGGUUUGACGCUGGCACUCGUAGAGGUGAGGUGCAGGCAUUUGCUGCCAAUGACAUCAUGGCAUUUUGGUGGCAUGACAAACGAGAUGUCACACUGUUGUCAUCAGUUCACCCUAACGAAAUGACACACUGGCAGGCAGCAUAGAGACAGCAAUGAACCCAUUCUAAAACCUGCAGCUGUUAUUGAUUACACCCUCAAUAUGUGCUCAGUGGACAAAUGUGACAUUCAGAUUGGGUUUGCUGAUUGUGUUUGCAAGAGUUAUAAGUGGUACAUAAAACUCUUUUUUCCAUCUUCUGGACAUUUCCUUGCUCAAUGCUUAUAAUAUGUAUAAGAUGAGGACCAGAAACAAACCACCAUAUGGUGAAUUCUGUUUGUCUGUCAUCAGACAAAUAGUAUUCAAAUACCAAGGAACAACACCUGCAAUAGACCGCCCACUAAAUUUUCAACAACUACCUUCUCGCCUGAAGCGUGUUGAUCACUUCCUAGUAAAACUGCCUGCUACUUCUUUCAAGAAAAAGGCUCAGAAGAGGUGUUACGUCUGUGCACAUACAAAAAAACGCCUACAACAACGCAGAGGCACUCGUUUUGUGUGUGAGGAGUGUAAAACACCACUGUGCAUGACACCAUGUUUCAAAGACUUCCACAGGCUGCAGAACUUCUAGAAACAUUCCCUGUGACUGUAUAUGUGUAUAUAAAAUAUAGAAAAAUAGUAAUAAACAACAUUUCAUAUCGUUUGUGUAAAUAUUUUUUGUAAACAAAACAGUGAUAAGUGUUUAUGCAGUUAUUGUGUAGUAAAUAAAGAGAAAAACCUUACAAAAUAGUACUCAUAUUGGUCUCACAGGCCAUGAAAGUUACAUGGAAAAAAAAAAUUAAAAAAAACAGAAAAUAGUACCUAAAAAACUAAAGUAAUACCGUGUGAUGGCAGUCGGCGAUGUUACCAUAUACCAGGGAAUUUUCUGUCAACUUCACGCCUCCAUAUCUCGAUAAAAAUGGCUGAAUUUAGGACACCCAUAAGCAAGAAGAUCAUAAGUCUACAGAACAACCCUGACACUGGUACUCCAAGGAUCCUCAUACCACCAUCACCAUAUAUGAAGCAAUUGGGAUAUGGAACAGGUGUUAAUGUUUACCUUAUGGAACGUUUUUCUCCAGUGCAAGGUUGCUACAAAUCCCCAUGGGCUGUCAAGAAACCAAACAGGAGGGUGAAAGACGAAGAUGAGAAAUAUGUUAAGAGAUUAAAUUAUGAAGCGGAUAUUCUGAAGUCACUGAAACACCAAAAUAUAAUUGGUUAUCGCUCCUAUUCUUACCAGAAGGAUGGUACUCAGUGUCUAGUCAUGGAGAGUGGGGAAAAGUCCCUGGCUGAUAUCAUUGAGAGCAGACAGGUUGAUGAACUUGGACCACUUCCAUCUUCACAAAUUUUGAAAGUGGCUUGGGAUGUUUGUUCAGCACUGGUGUACCUUCAUGAAGAAAAGCACUUGCUGCAUGGUGACCUUAAGAGUCCUAACAUCCUCAUCAAAGGCAACUUUGAGAUAGCCAAACUCUGUGACUUUGGAGUAACAUUAAAACUUGAUGACAAGGGUAUGGUGAGUACUGAAGAUUACUCUGGGGGUACAGUGUGUUGGUCAGCUCCUGAAGCCUUGCUUGGUGACACCAUGACAGACAAGACUGAUAUGUUCUCUUUUGGUCUUGUUCUCUGGGAGAUGUUGUCCCUUAAUCCUCCUCACUUGGAUAAAAUUUCACACAGCUCCACUUUAACUGAUGAUUUGACUACUAUCAAGGAUGAUGAGAGUGAAGAAGAGUUGUAUCAAGAGUUUUAUAAAGCCGUAGGGACACGACCAUCUCUACCUAACGUCAAGCUGAGUAGUGACUACAUACCAGUUUUGGAGUUGUUUUAUUCUUGUACUGAAGCUGAACCAGCAAGGAGACCAUCAGCCAAGCAAGUGUUGCAUGUAUUAGAGUGCCUAAAAGACAAAGAUGAAGGCAACAAUGAGAACCUCUAAAAUAUUAUUCUUAAAAAUGUUGAGAAAAAGUUGACUGUUAAAACAUUAAUACUUUUAUAAUAAAGAGUAAAGUGAUCUCUAAGUAAUUAAUUUUGAGAAUAUAUAAGGUUUACCUAUAGAUGUAUUUUGUUUCUUUUUAGCUAUGCCAGAAUCCAAGUAAAACUAACAAAUUUUGUUUUUGUGAAAUUUUUGCGCCAUUGUUUCUUACAUUUUGAAGUUUUGUGUAUGGUACUUUAAGUUAUUAAUAAAUAUGUAUUCAGUAA